AUGGAGAACCAAAUGCAAAAUGCCAAAAAGAAUGCACCAACACUAUCUUUUAAACUUUCUAAACCGCAGAAAAUCCAAAACAAGUUGGUAGAAGAAGAGAUAAUCAUACCUUUUCUUUUCUCAGGUCCUGAAAGCGUGGCCGUGACCGUGGCCCGUGGGGGAUGCUGCUGGCUCGCCUUGCCUUGUGCGCGAGGAGGAGAAGAGAAUAGAACAGAAAUCCGCGUGGCUGCUUCUGCUGCUGGCUUGCCUUGCCUUCUCGUCCAGCCCCGUAUGUGGGGAGGAGAUGAAGAAGAUACCCAGGCGUGGUGGAGUGUGCAUGAGGAUGGAUCGCUGCCUUGCCGGCGUCGGAGCCUAGUGAGGGGGGUGAGUAAGGAACACUGCCUUGAAGCUGUCGCCGCAGAGCGAGGUGAGGAGGUGAGGAUGGAUCGCUGCCUUACCGCCGCCGCCGCCGCCGCCGCCGCGUGA